CCGGCGGGCUCAGAGCCACGCGGCGCGGCCGGGAGCUUCUUUUCGCACCCGCUACCGUUACCUCCCGGGGUCCCGGACCGCCGCCUUCCGCACCCAGGGGCCCGGAUCUCCCCUCCCGGACUCCAGAGCCUGGCUCCCCUCUUCCCGGAGCUUUGUCUCCCGCCCCCCAGGUUCAGGUUCCCCAGCCUCGGUUUCCGGCACCCCGGAUCCCUGCCUCCCGGAUCUCCGCUACCAGGACCUGGCCUCUUGAGGACCAGAGCCAAGGACCCCAGGUCCCAGCCUGAUAAACUCCCGUAUUCCCAUCCCUGGGGCCGAGAAACCCAAGUGCUCCCAGAUUUCGCCCGCCGGACGCAACCUGGGAGAGCAGAAGAGCCUCAGCGCCCAGCUUGGGGAUUUCAGACAUUCCAGGAACCAAGGCGCUGUGAAUUCCCAACUCCAGGGAACCGUCCAAAGUUCCAGCCUCCAGGCUGUGUUACAAACUCUCGGUUCUAAGGAACGCCCGCGUCCCAGGAAGGAGUCCCAAGCGCGCCCAGCUUCCAGGCGCUAAGGAACUCCGGGGCGUUCAUCAUGGUGGCCGAUUCGCCUCGGGGAGACCCGAAGGGGUUCGCGGCGGCUGAGCCCACCGCGAACGGUGCCCCGACGUUGGUCCCUCCAGAGGAGCCAGACGCGGCAGGAGGCGGAUGUUCCCGGGACCGGGUGCGCCGCUGCCUUCGCGCCAACCUGCUGGUGCUGCUGACCGUGGUGGCGGUGGUGGCCGGCGUGGCUCUGGGUCUGGGGGUCUCGGGGGCCGGCGGCGCGGUAGCUCUGGGCCCCGCGCGCCUGGCGGCCUUCGCCUUCCCGGGCGAGCUGCUGCUGCGCCUGCUGAAGAUGAUUAUCUUGCCGCUGGUGGUGUGCAGCCUGAUCGGCGGCGCCGCCAGCCUGGACUCGAGCGCGCUCGGCCGCCUGGGCGCCUGGGCGCUGCUCUUUUUCCUGGUCACCACGCUGCUGGCGUCCGCGCUCGGCGUGGGCUUGGCGCUGGCCCUGCAGCCGGGCGCCGCCUUCGCCGCCAUCAACGCCUCGGUCGCGACCACGGGAGCUGUGGAAGAAGCCCCCAGCAAGGAAGUCCUCGAUUCGUUCCUGGAUCUUGUGAGAAAUAUCUUCCCCUCCAACCUGGUGUCUGCAGCCUUCCGCUCAGUGAGUCCUUGGGGUACAGUACCUCCUAUGAGAACAGAUGGAUCAACGGAACCAAGGUGAAGGUGCCCAUUGGCAGGGAGGUGGAGAGUAUGAACAUCCUGGGCCUGGUGGUGUUUGCCAUUGUCUUUGGGGUGGCCCUGCGGAAGCUGGGGCCCGAGGGGGAGCUGCUCAUCCGCUUCUUCAACUCCUUCAAUGACGCAACCAUGGUGCUGGUCUCCUGGAUCAUGUGGUAUGCCCCGGUGGGCAUCUUGUUCCUCGUGGCUGGCAAGAUCGUGGAGAUGGAGGACGUGGGGAUGCUCUUCGCCAGUCUCGGCAAAUACAUCUUGUGCUGCCUGCUGGGCCACGCCAUCCACGGGCUCCUGGUGCUGCCCUUCAUCUACUUCCUCUUCACCCGCAAAAACCCCUACCGCUUCCUGUGGGGUAUCGUGGCCGCGCUGGCCACUGCCUUCGGGACCUCUUCUAGCUCCGCCACGCUGCCGCUGAUGAUGAAGUGCGUGGAGGAGAGGAACGGCGUCGCCAAGCACCUCAGCCGCUUCAUCCUGCCCAUCGGUGCCACUGUCAACAUGGAUGGUGCGGCGCUCUUCCAGUGUGUGGCCGCGGUGUUCAUUGCACAGCUCAACCAGCGAACCCUGGACUUCGUGAAGAUCAUCACCAUCCUGGUCACCGCCACGGCGUCCAGUGUGGGGGCUGCGGGCAUUCCCGCCGGAGGCGUCCUCACUCUGGCCAUCAUCCUGGAGGCAGUCAACCUGCCGGUUGAGGACAUCUCCUUGAUCCUGGCUGUGGACUGGCUAGUGGACCGGUCCUGUACCGUCCUCAACGUGGAAGGUGAUGCCUUUGGCGCGGGACUCCUCCAGAAUUACGUGGAUCGCUCAGAGUUGCGGAGUUCGGUGCCAGAGUUGAUCCAAGUGAAGGGCGAGGUGCCCUUGUCUUCACUGCCCGUCCCCACCGAGGAGGGGAACCCCCUUCUCCAACGCUGUCUGGGACCUGCUGGGAAUGCGGAUCCCUGCGAGAAGGAAUCAGUUAUGUAAACCCCGUAGGGAGGUUCCCUGCCCUGAUGGGGGCGCUCUGAACAUUGGGAUCAUGAACCCGGGCUCUGGAGAUCCUGCCUGCACUCUCAGGGGAUCCAGGGGCCCCAGCCACUCUUCCCGCCUCUCAGACAUCAGAUCUGGAAGGCCUCAGUGCUGGGGUAUAUGUGUGUAUGUGUAUCUUCUCCCCACAUCUUCCCCAGCCCUCAAUUCCUGUUCCCACCCAAGGCUAGGAAACAAGAUGGAGAAAUAAUGUAAAUGUGUCCUUCUGGGCUCCCCCUCUCAGGGCACAGGUCGUCACAUGGACUUCUGCCCUCUUGGAGAAGAAGGAUGUUCCAAUGGGUUGCUGGCUAUUUUGGUGGCUAUAGUUGUGUGUGUGUGUGUGUGUGUGUGUGUGUGUUGUGACUCUAGGGUACAUCCCACCCUGUCCCCAGGCCCUCUGUUCCCUCCACAGUAACAGAAACACUCCAGAGGACCCUGCCAGGGUGGGGGAGACCAAGGACAAAGACUGCUGUCACUCCAAAGGACCUUUUUUGAGCAAUAAAACUGUCAAGCCUAUCUCAUCAGAUGUUUUUAAGGCUAAAAGCAUGAGCCACACAGAAAAAACAAACAUGAUAAACUGGGCUUCGUUGACAUAACAAGAAAAUACCUGUUCAUCAAAAAACACCACUGGAAAAACCACGACGGGCUGCCAGUGCACACACCUGUUGGAAAGGCAGAAAGCAAGUACCAAGUGUGGCCGAGGAGGUGGACCGAUUGGACAGGAGCCCCACGCACUGCAGGCGCGAAUGCGUAACAGUCCAGACACUUUGGGAAAGUCGCUGGGCAGUUUCUUAUCAACAUACCUAUACUUAAACCAAGCAGCCCAGGAGUCCCCCUUAGCAAAGAGAAAAGAAGACCUCUGCCCACCCGAAGCCCAGUACGCAAAUGUCUGUAGCCACUCUCCCUAAGUGCCAAAAUUUGGAAAUGUAUCCAUUGAUAGUACAAUCGUUCCCAUGAUGGGAUGGCCAUGCAGGAAAAAAAAUGUACGGUCUAUUCAAUUUGGAUGCAUCUCACAGAUAACAUUUUGAGUAAAAGGAGCUGGAAAUAGUUCAUGCUACCUAGUUCCAUUUCUAUGAGGGUCUGGAACGGGCUAAACUGAUCUGUAGUGAGAGAAAUCCAAACCGUGAUGACCUAGGAGGGUGACUUCAAGCCUGGGAAGGCGCCCAGGGAAUCUAGCAAACGUUCCAUAUCUUGAGACAGGUGUUGCUUAAACAGACCUAGACACUUAGAAAUAUUCACCUGUACACUUCAGAUGUGUGCAUUUUAGCCUGCGUAGACCAUCCUCUCGUUGAGAAAUUUCGUACGACUCCUGGGAAGAAAUUGAUUUUCCAGUGUAACCACCUACAUAGGAAUGCAAGUGUCCCUUGAUACUUGAACUCUCACUCUCUGGACAGUGCCAGUAAGGACUUGUCCCCUCCCUCUUUUUAAACCCCGAAUUUGCUAUUUGAAUAAAAACCCCUGCUGUGCAA